UCGGCGGCGGCGGGCGGAGCGCAGCGGCGUGAUGGACCCGCCAGCUCGUCCUUCCGCCUCCCGCCCACGGGCUCGAGUGCGCCCGCCGCCGCCGGAGGCGCUGCCCAUUGCGGGCUUCGACGACGAGCUGUACGACUGCCUGGACUACUACUACCUGCGUGACUUCCCGGCCUCCGGAGCUGGCCGCAGCAAGGGCCGGACGCGGCGCGAGCAGCAACUGCGCACCAACCACCCGGUGCCCGGCGGCCACGAGCGCAAGGUGGUGCAGAUCCUGAUCAACGCGCAGCGCAAGCGGCGCCAACGCCAGCUGCAACCGCGGCCGCGCACGCGCCUGCCCUGAGAGGGAAACCUGAAAGACCUCUUAAAAGUAUUUUCGACUGCCACCGAGUUCCUCCAUGUUGGUCAGCAGGCCUUUUUUGACAGUUUUUAAGCUUACCACUUCAAUCUUUCCUUCCUCACUAAUUAAUUAUUAAGGAAGUAGUUUCCAAGUGGGUGUGCUUCUUUAGGGUUUUCAAUUAAAAGAGAACAAGAAUGCAUUUUAACUCUUCUGGGUUUCCUCCCUCCCCCUUCCCCCACCCCUCCCCAACUUAGGUUUGUCCUGUCCCCGUGUCCCCCCACCCCCUCCACCCCCUCACCGAGGUGGUAACUGGUUUCCAGUCAGUGCUUGGACUGUAAAGUGUGAAGAGAUCACAAGGCUGGGGAGAUAACUCAUUUGCUAAAGUGAUUGCAACCAAAGCCUGAGUUUGAUCUUGAAAAGCCAUGUUUUUUAAAAAGCCAGUGUAGUGAUCCAGUGUUUGGAAGGUAGAGACAAAUUCUUGGGGCUCACCGGCCAACUAAUAUAACCUGCCUUAUGCGUUCCAGGCCAGUGAGCAACACUGCCUUAUAAAAAAAAAAAAGAUGGAUGUGUCCUAAAGAUCCAUAGCUGAUCGUGGGUAAUUGCCUCUACAUGUCCAUACUCACACUCAAGUUUGUGCAUGUGUGCACACAUGCACACCCACACCCACCACAAACAGUGAACCGGGGAGACCCAAGAUAGGAUGCUUUACAGGAAAGAAUUCUACCCAUAUGCCAUCUCUGAAAGUUCGGCUUUGGUUUUAGGGAUGGUAUUUUGGGGAGUGAUUGAGAUUGGGCCUCUCUACAUAGCCUUGGCUGUCCUGAAACUUGCUGCAGAAACCAGUCUGGCCAGGAGCUCACGAGUUCUGCCUAUCUCUGCGUCCUGAAUGUUGAAAUUAAAUAUACGCACUACCACUUCAGGCUGAAGGUUUUUGUUUGUUCGUUUUCUUUUCUUUUUUUUUUCAAAUAUUUAUUUGUUUAUUUGUUUAUUUAUUUAUUUAUUAUGUAUACAAUAUUCUGUCUGUGUGUAUGUAUGUCUGCAGGCCAGAAGAGGGCACCUUAUUACAGAUGGUUGUGAGCCACCAUGUGGUUGCCGGUAAUUGAACUCAGGACCUUUGGAAGAGCAGGCAAUGCUCUUAACCACUGAGCCAUCUCUCCAGCCCCUGUUUGUUUGUUUUCAAGACAGGGUUUCUCUGUGUAGUCCUGACUGCCUGGAACUCGCCCUGAAGACCAGGCUGGAUUUGAACUCAAAGAUCUGCCUGCCUCUGUCUCUGGAGUGCUGGUAUUAAAGGCCUGCGCCACCACCCACCACUGCCCACCACCACCAGGCAUCAGGCUGAAGGUUUUAAUAUGCAUUACAGUAAGAUAUUGUGGUAGAGUGUUUGCCUAGCGUACUUGAAGCUAUGGAUUUCAGCCUUAGAGCCUACAUUAAUUGGGUAUGUGGCAGGUAGAACAUGCCUGUAAUCCCAGCACUUGGGAGUUGCAGGUGUGAAGAUCAGAAGUUUGAGGUCAUUCUUUGUAAGUUCAGGGCCGGCCUGGGCUUUGCGAGACCUUAAGAGUAGGCCUUAUUCAACAAUUGCUGAGGUCUCACUUGUUUCACCAGAGCUCUUUGACAUGGCUGCUGCAGUCCCCAUUUUAAGAAAGAGGUUCUAAUAAUGCCCUAGUUAACUUGUUAAAAAAAAUUAUGUAGGGACUGGAGAAAUGCCUAGAGGUUAAGAGCAUUGACUGCUCUUCCAGAGGUCCUGAGUUCAAUUCCAAACAAUCACACGGUGCCUCACAGCCAUCUGUAAUGAGAUCUGGUGCCUUCUGGUGUGCCCACAAUCUUGCAGACAGAACACUAUGUAUGUAAUAAACAAAUACAUCUUUUUAAAAAAAUUUAUGUGUCUGUUUGUGUAUAUGUCAUGUGUAUUCUGGUAAUCCCAGAGACCAGAAGAGAGUGUCGGGUCCCCUGAAGCUGCAAUUAAUAUAGGCAGUUGUAAGCCGUCUGCUGUGGGCGCUAGAGACCAAAGGCAGGUCAUCUGGAAGCUCAGUAAACAAUCGUAAGCACUGUGCAGUCUCUCCAGUCCCCUGGUUAAAUUUGGCACAGCCUAUAACAGUCAUCUGAGAAGGAAAGCCUCUAUUGAGCAAUACCCUAGAUAAAACUGUCCUGCCAACAAGGCAGUGGGGGUUUGUCUUGAUAAAUGAGUAGGAAGAACCUGGCCCAAUAUGGGUGGUACCAUCCCCUUGGAAAGUGGCCUUGUAUAAAUAGGAAAACCUGUUUUGGUGUCUUUAAUGUCUUUAAUCUCAGCACU